AUGCCCGCGUGGUCGGUACUUGCCCUAACCGCUGCCCCAGUCGUGGCCCUCAUCGCCGGCCAGACAACCCUCUUUUCUUCACCAUGGGAAACACUAUUCGGAAGCGGCAGCGAGGAGGCCUCCAUGGAUGGCCGCAUCCAAGCUCGCGACCUGCUCAGCUCCCACUUCGGGUGGUACGGUUGGCCCGGCCAGUCCUACGACUAUGUGAUUGUCGGGGGAGGCACGGCUGGACUGGCCAUGGCACACCGUCUGUCUGAAGAUGGAUCGCACUCAGUUGCCGUGAUAGAAGCUGGUGGAUUCUACGAGAUCGAGGCGGGCAAUGCGACUGAAGUUCCCAUGUUCUUGUUCAACUAUUUUUUCGACAACGGACAUGUCAAGAACCCGCUCCUUGACUGGUAUCAGUAUACCGAACCACAGCCGGGUCUCGCAAACCGGGAAAUGUUCUACAUGCAGGGAAAGACGCUGGGAGGUUCAACAGCUCGUGGGGCGAUGCUAUACCAUCGAGGGUCCAAAGGAGCGUACAAGAUGUGGGCAGACCAGGUAGGAGACGACAGCUAUACAUGGGAGAACUGGCUACCUUUCUUCAAAAAGAGCGUGCAGUUCUCUGGACCGUCCACCAACCCUCGUCCAGCAAAUGCGACAACAUUCAACGACAUAUCUGCCUUUGCAACGAAUACUUCCGAGGAAGGGCCAGUUCAGGUCGCGUACCCCUACCUGACAAACGCCAUCUCAUCUUGGGUAGACAAAGCGCUCGAAAGGAUGGGCUUCCCAGAGGCGCAGGGAUUCUCGAAUGGCAACCUGCUUGGUCGCUCGUACAUCACUCAUACGAUCCAUCCCAAGACACGUCGGCGAGACACUGCCUCCACCUCGUACCUGCAACGGGCACUUCGAACGAGUAACAAUCUUAAUGUUAUUACGCAUACCCUUGUCAAACGGGUCCUGUUCGACGAAGAGAAACGCGCAACAGGCGUGAUCGUCAACACCGGCGGAUUCGAAUGGCAGAUCGGGGCAAGGAAAGAAGUAAUCCUAUCAGCAGGCGUGAUGCGCUCUCCCCAGCUACUGAUGAUAUCGGGGAUUGGUCCCAGAGAGACACUGGAGAAGCUCAAUAUCCCAGUCCUAUCAGAUCUCCCCGGAGUUGGCCAGAACAUGCAGGAUACAAUCAUCCUAGGCCCAACAAACCCCGUCAAGGUCGAGAGUCACAGCCAGCUAAUGGGGAGCAAGGAGACUCUUCCUCGCUCGAUCUUCGAAUACAACAAUUUCCGCACUGGUUUGCUCACGAAUCCAGGGCAGGACUACUUUGCGUUUGAGAAGCACCAGCCCGGUUCCCUCAGCAAGGGCACGUCCGCAGACAUUGAGAAGGCUUUCCCGGCGGACUGGCCGACAUUCUCAUAUAUUGCGCUAGACGACACCUUCGUCCCCCAGUACGACGGCAGGAAUUACUUCAGCAUGUCUGCUGCGCUCCUGGCGACGUUCAGUCGCGGCACCGUCACGAUCAAUAGCACCAGCACCGCCGACAACCCCGUCGUUGAUCCGCGGUGGCUCGAUGACCCUCGCGACAAGGAAAUGGCAGUCGCAGCAUUCCGGCGAUGUCGAGAGGUCGUGGCCUCGGAAACAAUGCAGGAGGUGAUCGACGGCCCAGAGCUGCUCCCAGGAUUCGAGUACCAGACGGACGAAGAGAUCCUCGAUUACAUUGCGGAGACUUCGGAUGCGUAUUAUGCGGGUGUAGGAACUUGUGCUAUGGGCAAGUCCAGCGAUCCCAAGGCAGUUCUUGAUUCAAAGGCGCGAGUUAGGGGGGUCAAGGGGUUGCGCGUGGUGGACGCGUCUGCUUUUCCGUUUGCAAUUGACGGACAGCCCAUGGCGACGGUGUAUGCGCUGGCGGAGAAGAUUGCAGCGGAAAUUCUAGCCGGGAACUAA